UAAAAUGGCAACUGUACAAAGACAAUAGGCGUCGAUCUCUUUGAUCAUAUUUUUCGUUUCUGUUAUAAAAGAUAUAAUAUAUUUUUAUAUUUAAUUAACAAAAAUAUUUAUAUUUAUUGAAUAAGUUUUUACGAACAUCAAUUUCAACAAAUUAUGAAUCAACUAAUGUGAAUUGAUUUAUACAAGUAUAAAUAAUUUUGAGUAAUAGUUAACCUAUCAUUAUCGCGUAAUUAUUAUCGCGUUUUUAUAAAAUUUAUAACGGAAAAAUAAUUUAAAAAUGAUAAAAAAUAUCAUUUUAAAUAAAUAUUUUAUAAUUAAAAGAAAUGAAAAGAAAAUUACGUUGUUUAUAACAUAUGAUUUAUUAAACGUGUCAACAUUGAUAUUUUCAAACUCAUGAGAUUCGAUUAUAUAAAUAUUCUAAUUAAAUUAUUGUAGUGCAUAAUAUCAUUACAUUUUUUUUAAUAAUAUGGUGAUGGCAGGGAACGAAAAUACAUCUGGACCUUUAGCAGAAGAUUCAUUAUCCACAAGAUUACAAUGGCUUCGUCAACGUAGAGAAGCAUUGCAAGAAAAAUUAGCACAAAAAAACAAUGAGCUUAAAAACUUAUGUGUAGAAGAAGCGGAAUUGACUGGUGUUUUACCACCAGAAAUUCCAUUAGAACCUGGAGAAAGUCCACCAAUAUUCCGUAAAAGAAUCGGAACAGCAUUUACAUAUCCACAGAAUUUAAUUAAUAAAUUGAAAACAAAUGAAGUUGAGGAAUCUGCUUUGGAAUUAGAACGACAAGUUCAAAUUGGUAUAGUAGAAGCUGCUUUAGGAAUUGUGAAUGAUCCUAAAGAAAGCAAAGCAGUACGUCGUAAACAUAGACUUGUUUAUCAACAAAGUCAACGUAGACUUCAAGAAUUGGAAGCACGUUUAAAUUUUCUAAGACAAAGUCGUAAUAAAACACAUCAUUCAACACAAUUUCAACACUCUACUAUUUGUAAUGCUCAGUCACAUUUACAUGCUAAUGUGAAACAUAGAACAAAGAAACCUCGACCACCAUUAGAUGGCACAGUCAAUGACGUAAAUACUAAAAUUACAAGAGGAUUGCUUCAAGAGAGUGGUAUAAGUUUAAGUCCAUUAGGAUCCGAAGAUAAAUGUAAUGCUUAUCCUAAUCAUGGAUAUGACGAUCAAUCCCUAGUACCUAAUAGUUAUAAUCAUAAUCACAUCAAUCCUUAUUGUCCAACAAUUUCCGAUCAGCGACAAAGUAUCAAAAUAAUUGAACAUGAUCAUAACGAUAAUCAAAAUGUUUAUAUAUUGUCCGAUCAAUGUCGCACGCGAACAUAUUCUCAUGGCAGUGGUAGUUCACGUACUCAAAAUUUUUAUCAAGAUAGUGAACGAUUGUAUCGACCUUUACCAAAUACAUAUACCGAAGAUGAGCGACAAUUACGCUAUCGUCAAUUUCAACAAGAUCAAGUACAUAAUUAUCAACAAUAUUCUGAUCAUAAACAAUUGGAUAAUGAUAUUCAACGAAGAUCUGGACAAGAAUAUUAUGAAAGAGAUUUUCGUACAUUACAUUAUACGCAUAUACCUGAAUUCCCAGUAUAUCAUAAAAGUAAUUCUCAAUCACAAUCUGUAAUAAGACGAGAUCGCGAUAUUAACACAAAUAAAAAUUUACGAUAUACAGAUUCACCAAGUGAAUCACAAUUACCAUCAGGUUAUUGGAUGCGAUAUGAAGAUGAAAUUAUUUGGUGUACAGAUGAUCAACUUGCUUCAGAUAGAUUUGGCAGUUUAGAUCGAAGAAAACGCAAUGCUGUUCAACAUAGUACUAAUAUUGGCACCGAUAUACCACCACGAUAUCGUACAGUAUCUGUAGGUUGUAGUAAAAAUUCUUCUUACAUUUCAUCUCAAAAUACUUCUGUCCAUUUACUUCCAUUAUCCGAACAAUCAUCUAGUAACAAUAAAAUGUUAUUACGUACUCAAUCUUUAGGCAGUGUAGAAAAAUGGCAAUCAAGUCAUUUGCAUGAUAAUAAAGAUACAAUGGAUAAUAUUGGUAAAAAAGGAAAAGAAAAAGAAUGGUAUGAAACUUCUUUGGAUUCAGGUACAAGUCCAGGAUCAGAUAUCAAUAUAAUAUCAUUGCAUAAAAAUAUACAUUAUCAAUCUCCUGUUUGCUCCAAAUCAUUCACUGGUGAAGACAAAAAUAAUUAUAUGCCUUCAGUUAAUCAUCGUAAAAGUGAUAUAUUGAUGGUUGAAACUGAUCAACAUUUGCAACCAUUGUCUUCUCGUUACGAACCGACACAUAUAAAAGUGCUUGAAAUUCCAGCAGAAUCAAAAUCACCGCAAGAAACGAAUGAAGAAACAAUUGUGUUGGGAUCUUCACAGAAUUGUACAAUUGUACAAGCUGGAAGAUAUCAACCAUAUAGAGAAGUUACAAAACCUUUUGAAAUGUCUGAUUUCUAUAAAUAUUCUACCAAAUUUCGUAAAAGAAAUGAAACGAAUGGACAAAAUAUUUCAAGUGAAAGUCAAAAUGAUUCUCGAGGAUCACACUAUAUUGGAACAAACGAUAUACUCGGAGAAUCAGAAUCAAAUAUUAUACAUAAUGGCUCAAUUGCUGGUUCAGUUCAAAAAAGAAUUUAUCAACCAGUUCAACGAAUGACAUGUCAACCUUAUCUCACAUCAUUAAGAUAAUUUUUAAUUGUCCAUAAAAUAGAUAUAACUUAAUAGAAUAAUAUGAUACAAAUAAUAUAGGCUGGACCUAUUCAAAAUAUUUAAAAUUCAUUUUCAAUUUUGAAAAAUUUUGAAAAAUAUUGGUAUGAAGAAAUAUAUGAUAUAUUGGUUGAAAAAUUUUGUUUUAAUAUGAUAAUUAUAAUUUGAAAUAUUUUUUAUAAUUUUAUAUAUUAUAAUCUAAAUUUUAUAGAUUAUAAUAUUCAAAUUAAUUACAUUAAAAUUAAGAGACCUGAAAAGUGCCUUAUUUUUGUUAAACUUAUUAUUAAAAUUAUAAUUAAAAUUCAAUUUAUAACAAAUAUAUUAUAAGAUAAAUUCUUAUAUAAAAAGAAAUUGCUAAUGAAUAAUUUUUAACAUAUUGUAUCAACAUUUUCUAAUAUUAAAUUACUUAGAAAUUCUAUUCUAGAAAUUAGAUUUUACAAUUGAUAAUCAUGAUCAGGCUUAAAAAUAAUAUUUUUUAUAAAAAAAAAUGAAGUAAGCCAUGAUCAUGUUUAUUGUAUAAAUAAAAAAUAAAAAUAUAACUUUUUAUAACUUUUAUAAUUUUACUUAAUAUUUAUAAGACAUAGCCGAAAAUUAUUUUUAAAAUAACUUAAGAAGUUAAAAAUACAUUUAAAAGAUAAUGAAAAUGUAUUAAAAUAAUAAAUUUUAAAAAGAAAAUAUAUAAAUAAGUAAUAAUUAUAAGAAAUAAUUAUUUAAAUAUAUUUCAGUAUAUUAUACAUUUGUAAAAGUAUUUUAUAAGAAUAACUCUUUUAAUAAAUUUCUGUAUAAUGUAAAAUAAGAGUAAAGAGAUAAAAAAAAAGAUUUGGACAGAAAAGGAAAAAUUUCCGAUAUAUUAAUUUAAAUAUUACACUUUAAUUAUAUUUAUUUAAAGAAAAUAUAUAAACAUAACAACAUUCUAUUUAAUUUCGAAAUAUAUUCUUAUAAUACAUUUUACUUAAUUUCGCAAUUUUAAUUUUUGUAUUUAACAAUUCAAUGUACUCAGAUUAAUAUUAUUAAAUUAUAUAAAUAUUAUAUAUAUAAGUUCGAUAGAUAUGAAUAAUUCUUAUUUUUUCUUAUUUUCAUUUAAUCUUCAUUACUUAUUAAAUAUAUUGUCUAAAAUAAUAUAAUAUAAUUUGUUAAAAAUAAAUAAAUAAUUGAUUGAUUUAACUUUAUCUUUAAUAUUCUUUAAUGUUUUCAUUAAAAAAAAACAGUGUUAUAUUUUUUUAUAAUUAUAUUUUAUUUACAAAACAGUUAUAUUGUUUCUAUGAAAAAAUAUCUGUAAAUAAAAAAUAUUCUUAAA